GCCCGCGGCGCCCGCAGCGCCUCGGAGCGCUUUGUGACCAGAUGCGGAGCCGGGCGGAGGGCGCGAGCCAGAUGCGGGGCGACAGCUGACUCGCUGCAGGCAGGAGGGGAGGCGCGGAGCGCGCGGGUCGCUCCCCGCGCCGCCGACUUCUCCUCGGCUGGUUCCUGAGCACCGCAAGGUGUAUGAAGAGUAAAUCAGAGGGCUUGGCAGAAUGCCUAGCACAUGAUAAACUUCUCACAAUGAAGGCGCCCGCUGUGCUUGCACCUGGCUUCCUUGUGCUCCUGUUUACCUUGGUGCCGAGGAGCCAUGGGGAGUGUAAAGAGGCACUGGUGAAGUCCGAGAUGAAUGUGAACAUGAAGUAUCAGCUUCCCAACUUCACCGCUGAAACGCCCAUCCAGAACGUCCUUCUGCACCAGCAUCACGUCUACCUCGGUGCCAUCAACCACAUCUACGUUUUAAAUGACAAAGACCUUCAGAAGGUUGCUGAAUACACGACCGGGCCGGUGCUGGAACACCCGGAUUGUUUGCCAUGUCAGGACUGCAGCAGCAAAGCCAAUUCCUCAGGUGCUGUUUGGAAAGAUAACAUCAACCUGGCUCUGCUUGUUGACAAGUACUAUGAUGACCAACUCAUUAGCUGUGGCAGCGUCAACAGAGGGACCUGCCAGCGACACGUCCUCCCACCUGAUAAUCCUGCUGACAUACAGUCGGGGGUUUACUGUAUGUUCUCCCCACAGGCAGAUGAAGAGCCUGGCCAGUGUCCUGACUGCGUGGUGAGCCCCCUGGGAGCCAAAGUUCUCCUAUCCAAAAAGCAGCGCUUCAUCUACUUCUUUGUGGGCAAUACCAUAAAUUCUUCUUACCUUCCAGAUCACUCAUUGCAUUCGAUAUCAGUGAGAAGGCUGAAGGAAACACAGGAUGGUUUUAAGUUUCUGACGGAUCAGUCCUAUAUUGAUGUCCUACCCGAGUUCCGAGAUUCCUACCCCAUUAAGUAUGUCCACGCUUUCGAAAGCAACCAUUUUAUUUACUUUCUGACGGUCCAAAAGGAAACUCUAGAUGCUCAGACUUUCCACACAAGAAUCAUCAGGUUCUGUUCCAAGGACUCCGGCUUGCAUUCCUACAUGGAAAUGCCUCUGGAGUGUAUUCUCACGGAGAAGAGGAGGAAGAGAGCCACCAGGGAGGAAGUGUUUAAUAUCCUUCAGGCUGCAUAUGUCAGUAAGCCUGGGGCCCAUCUUGCUAGGCAGAUUGGAGCCAGCCUGAAUGAUGACAUUCUCUAUGGGGUGUUCGCCCAGAGCAAACCAGAUUCCGCUGAACCCAUGAAUCGAUCUGCCGUCUGUGCAUUCCCUAUCAAAUAUAUCAAUGAAUUCUUCAACAAGAUUGUCAACAAAAACAACGUGAAAUGUCUCCAGCAUUUUUAUGGACCCAACCAUGAGCACUGCUUCAAUAGGACACUUUUGAGAAACUCGUCAGACUGUGAAGCACGCAGCGAUGAAUACCGUACAGAGCUGACCACCGCACUGCAGCGUGUGGACUUAUUCAUGGGCCAGUUCAACCAAGUCCUCUUAACAUCCAUCUCCACCUUCAUUAAAGGCGACCUCACCAUUGCUAACCUCGGGACCUCAGAGGGCCGUUUCAUGCAGGUUGUGAUUUCUCGAACAAUACCGUACAUCCCUCAUGUGAAUUUUCGCCUGGAUUCUCACCCUGUGUCUCCAGAAGUGGUUGUGGAGCACCCGUUAAACCAGAAUGGCUAUACACUGGUGGUCACAGGAAACAAGAUUACCAAAAUCCCAUUGAAUGGGUUGGGCUGUGGACAUUUCCAGUCCUGCAGUCAGUGUCUCUCCGCCCCUCCCUUUGUGCAAUGUGGCUGGUGCCAUGACAAGUGUGUGCCGUCAGAGGAAUGCCCCAGCGGGACGUGGACUCAAGAGAUCUGUCUGCCUGCAAUCUACAAGGUUUUCCCAGCCAGUGCACCCCUUGAGGGAGGGACCACACUGACCAUCUGUGGCUGGGACUUUGGGUUCAGGAAGAAUAAUAAAUUUGAUUUAAAGAAAACCAAAGUCCUCCUUGGAAAUGAAAGCUGUACCUUGACCUUAAGUGAGAGCACGACAAAUACGUUGAAAUGCACAGUUGGUCCUACGACGAAUGAGCAUUUCAAUAUGUCCAUAACUGUUUCAAACAGUCGAGGGAGAACACAGUAUAGUACCUUUUCCUAUGUGGAUCCUGUAAUAACAAGUAUUUCUCCAAGUUAUGGCCCUAAGGCCGGUGGCACUUUACUGACUUUAACUGGAAAAUACCUGGACAGUGGAAAUUCUAGACACAUUUCAAUUGGUGAAAAAACGUGUACUUUAAAAAGCAUGUCAAACAGUAUUCUUGAGUGUUAUACUCCAGCCCAAACCAUUUCAACUGAGUUUCCUGUUAAAUUGAAAAUCGACUUAGCCAACCGAGAAACCAGCAGCUUCAGUUACCGGGAAGACCCCAUUGUGGAUGAAUUUUAUCCAACCAAAUCUUUUAUUAGCGGUGGAAGCACCAUAACAGGUGUUGGAAAAAACCUGGAUUCCGUUAGUGUCCCAAGGAUGGUAAUAAGUGUGCACGAAGCGGGAAGUAACUUCACAGUGGCAUGUCAGCAUCGGUCCAACUCAGAGAUCAUCUGCUGCACCACUCCUUCACUACAACAGCUGAAUCUGCACCUCCCCCUGAAAACCAAAGCCUUCUUCAUGUUGGAUGGGAUCCUUUCCAAACACUUUGAUCUCACUUAUGUACAUAAUCCUGUGUUUAAGCCUUUUGAAAAGCCAGUGAUGAUCUCAAUGGGCAAUGAAAAUGUACUGGAAAUUAAGGGAAAUGAUAUUGACCCUGAAGCAGUUAAAGGUGAAGUGUUGAAAGUUGGAAAUAAGAGCUGUGAGAACAUACACUCAGAUUCUGAAGCCGUCUUGUGCACGGUCCCCAGUGACCUGCUGAAAUUGAACAGUGAACUAAAUAUAGAGUGGAAGCAAGCAGUUUCUUCAACUGUCCUUGGAAAAGUAAUAGUUCAACCAGAUCAGAAUUUUAUGGGAUUGAUUGUUGGUGGUGUCUCAAUAUCAAUAAUACUUUUAUUAUUACUUGGACUUUUUCUGUGGCUAAAAAAGAAGAAGCGCAUUAAAGAUCUGGGCAGUGAAUUAGUUCGCUAUGAUGCAAGAGUUCACACUCCUCAUUUGGAUAGGCUUGUAAGUGCCCGAAGUGUGAGCCCAACUACAGAAAUGGUUUCAAAUGAAUCUGUAGACUACAGAGCUACUUUUCCAGAAGACCAGUUUCCUAACUCAUCUCAGAAUGGAUCGUGCAGACAAGUGCAAUAUCCCCUGACGGACCUGUCUCCCAUCCUAACUAGUGGAGACUCUGAUAUAUCCAGUCCAUUACUGCAAAAUACUGUCCACAUUGACCUCAGUGCUUUAAAUCCAGAGCUGGUCCAAGCAGUCCAGCACGUAGUGAUUGGGCCAAGUAGCCUGAUUGUGCAUUUCAGUGAAGUCAUAGGAAGAGGGCAUUUUGGUUGUGUAUAUCAUGGGACUUUGUUGGACAACGAUGGCAAGAAAAUUCACUGUGCUGUGAAAUCUUUGAAUAGAAUCACUGAUAUAGGAGAAGUUUCCCAGUUCCUGACUGAGGGGAUCAUCAUGAAAGACUUCAGUCAUCCCAAUGUCCUGUCACUCUUGGGAAUCUGCCUUCGAAGUGAAGGGUCUCCACUGGUGGUCCUACCGUACAUGAAACAUGGAGAUCUCAGAAAUUUCAUUCGAAAUGAGACACAUAACCCAACUGUAAAAGAUCUUAUUGGCUUUGGUCUUCAAGUAGCAAAAGGCAUGAAAUACCUUGCAAGCAAAAAGUUUGUCCACAGAGACUUGGCUGCAAGAAACUGUAUGUUGGAUGAAAAAUUCACCGUCAAAGUUGCUGAUUUUGGUCUUGCCAGAGAUAUGUAUGAUAAAGAAUACUAUAGUGUACACAACAAAACAGGUGCAAAACUGCCAGUGAAGUGGAUGGCUUUAGAAAGUCUGCAAACUCAGAAGUUUACAACUAAAUCUGAUGUGUGGUCCUUCGGCGUGCUCCUGUGGGAGCUGAUGACAAGAGGAGCCCCACCUUACCCUGAUGUGAACACCUUUGACAUAACCGUGUACCUGCUGCAAGGCAGGAGACUCCUGCAACCCGAAUACUGCCCAGAUGCCUUGUACGAAGUGAUGCUAAAGUGCUGGCACCCUAAAGCCGAAAUGCGCCCGUCCUUCUCAGAACUGGUCUCCAGGAUCUCUGCAAUCUUCUCUACUUUCAUUGGGGAGCACUAUGUCCACGUGAAUGCGACUUACGUGAACGUGAAAUGUGUGGCUCCCUAUCCUUCCCUGUUGUCCUCGCAGGAUAACGUGCACAGCACAGUGGACACGUGAUGCCUGGAUACGUCACAGUCCUAUCCAAGCAACAGCCGUACUUUCUUCAACAGUUCUCACUGCCUGGCCUUUGAAGGGUCAUCAAAUGUUUUUUAGCUUUUUGAUUUUUGAAUUUUGCCAAAAUUGCACCAUGAGAGGACCUUGUAUUGUUAUUUGCAUUUCUGGGCCAUAAGGAAUUUCUCAUCUGACAGAGCAUCAGAACCAGAGGCUUGGUCCCCCAGACCAAUGACCAGCAGCAACCCUAUAGUUAGGAUCACACUCCUGUCCCACUGGAGUCCAACCCCUGAGUUCUGAAUUGAAUGUUUUAAAAAUCAGAGGCCCACCUGGUUUUCUGUGGGGAACUACUAUGGAUUUGAGGGCUCCUGGGUCACAGAAAAUUCAGAAGAAGUGGUAAUGUUCAGGACAAUUGUGGCAGCCCAGGAGCCUACACCUCGUUUAGAAUUUCCACAUUUCCAAGAACUUUUGUCUGCUGUACGGUCACUAGCCUUUCUCCUUGCUGACGUUGUCAUUCGCCUAUUAGGCAAACAUUCCCUUUUAAACUUUUGUACACACAUUCUUUUUGUUGGAGGACUAUCUGGAGGCAAAGACUUUCAUCAGAGUUUCAAAAUAGCAUGACAUGGGGACAUUCAUAUGUUGUACAUAGAUGUCAUAAAGAAUAUCUUCAUAAAAUAGCCUAAUCACAGGGAAAUAUUUAGUUGUCAUUUAGAAAUCAACUGUUUGAGGGGCUGGCACUAUGGCAUAGUGGGUAAAGCCGCCGCCUGCAGUGCCAGCAUCCCAUAUGGUGCUGGUUCAAGACCCCACUGCUCCACUUCCAAUCCAGCUCUCUGCUGUGGCUUGGGAAAGCAGUAGAAGAUGGCCCAAAUCGUUGGGCCCCUGCACUUGCAUGGGAGAUCCAGAAGAAGCUCCUGGCUCCUGGCUUCAGAUCAGCUCAGCUCAGCUCCAGCUGUUAACGGCCAUCUGGAAGUGAACCAGCAGAUGGAAGAUAUUUUCUCUCUCUCUCUCUCUCUCUUUCUCUCUCUGUCUCUCUAUCACUCUCUCUCUAUCUCUCUCUAUCUCUGUCUCUAUCUAUCUCUAUCUCUGCCUCUGCCUUUCUGUAGCUCUGCCUUUCAAAUAAAUAAAUACAUUUUUUAAAGAAAAAUCAACUGAGAAAAUCAUGUUCUGAUCUAAUGAAUGUGGACAUUUAGAUGUUUUGUAAUUUCUUAAAUGAUGACUCAAAACAAGUCAUUUGUGGUGAUAAAUAUCUUCAAAGGUAACUCCACGUGUAUUUAAAGCAAAAUACAUCCAAGGAAAAGAUUCAUUGGCUCCCAUCACAACCCCUUAUGUAAAACAAACAGUGGAUAGACUAGAAAUACCUGGCCUCCUACUCAGGUGGCAACUUCUCACCUCACAAAUUGAAAACAAGACUUCCCGUUUUGUAAUAAGACAUGUUUUGUCUUAAGCAAAACAUAUCUUAGAAACAAACAAAAAAGAUAACUGAAAAUUCUAGCUAUUUUACCUGGAUGAAUAUUUACUCUAAGCAAGACUAUUGUGGCAUUUUGUCCUGUGGAAUUUUGUGCUUACUACUGUAUAGUGCAUGUGGCAUAGGUUACUCCUAACUGGUUUUGUCGAUGUAAACAUUGAAAGUAUUAUAUUUUUAUAAAAAUGUUUAUUUUUAAUGAUAUAAGAAAAAUUUUGCUAGGCCACAAAAAUACUGCACUGUGAACAUUUCAGAGAAGGUAUGUCAGACUCAGAUUAAUAAUCUCAUGGUUUUCAAUGGCUGUAAAUGGUGAUAAGGAAAUGUACUGAUUGCCAGUACACCCCACCCUUAUUACAUCACCAGGACUUGAAGCCAAGGGUUAACAUAGCAAGCUACAAAGAGGGUGUGUUAUGCUGAAACCCAAUAGUUGAGUUUGGCUGUUGUUGCAGGAAAAUGAUUGCAACCAAAAGUUCUUUGACAAUGGUGGGCAGACACAAGGAGUUGUACUGCAGAGAUGUUUCACUUCUGAUGUUACUAUUUCAUAAAUGUAAAGAAUAAUACUCGUGCACAGGGCAUUGUAAACGUUGGAUGUCAGCAAAGGGAAAUCUGCUGUGCAGAAAGAAGUAUCUCUUCCCAAGGUGGAGAGAAUGGAUGCACCAGGAACCAAAAGAACUUGUGGAAGCCACCCACCAGUGGAACUGCACCCUGUAUAUACUUGCUUGAAAAAACUGCAAUGUGAAAAUCAUGUUUGCUAUUUAUCAUUUGUCCUUAGGUUAAUGUGUUUGGACAGAUCUUGAGAGUAAGUGACUCUUCCAAGAACUAGAUACUUGUCACUGCCUAUAUUUGCAGUUGAGCUGAAUGGUACUUUGUAUUGUUAUUAGUUGUUGUCCUGAUAAAUCAUAUGAUUAAAAUAAAGUAAUGUAACAUCUUG